CAAAGCUUAUAUUUUAAAGUAAGUGCUAGGUAGAACACGCAAACACCUCAAUUAGUACAAUACAAAAUACAGUUUAGUCACAAUGUGAAUCGAAAUAAAACCGAUCUCAACACACAUACAACAUCUACACGUCCAGCGUUCAUUAGCAGUAGAGAAAUCAAUGAGUGACAAACCUUGGUCACAAGAUUACAAUCCAUCGAAAUAGCAACUACGAACAAAAGCUCUAACCCUUUUAGAUUUUCGACUGGCCAACACGUCGCACAUGUCUUUCCAAGUGUAAACUUAUUCGUCUCCGUAUCAGAGGGUCAACUGGCAAUCAAUUGAGCUCACAAUUAACACACGAAUUCAAUCAGUUCUUGGGUAUAGCUGCACUUGAUUCAAAAAAUGGCAGAAGGCGACCAUUCAGAUCAUGUGGAAAGAACCGAACUUCCGGCUCCGAUGAUUUCCCGCAAGGAGGUCAGUAUCUGGGCCAUUCUAAAGAACUGUAUUGGCAAGGAUCUGAGCAAAAUCACCAUGCCAGUCAUGCUGAACGAACCACUGAGCUUCCUCCAGAGACUUUGCGAGUACAUGGAGUACGCACAGCUCCUGACCGAGGCUGCUCAACAGGAAACUCCGGCGGAACGGAUGAAAUACGUAGCGGCAUUUGCCGUAUCGGCAUUAGCCUCAAACUGGGAGCGCCUGGGGAAACCAUUUAAUCCACUUCUUGGUGAAACAUACGAGCUGCAAAAGGGCGAUUAUCGAAUUGUUUGCGAGCAAGUUUCUCAUCAUCCUCCAGUAUCUGCAUUUCAUGCAGAAUCCAAAGACUUUAAGUUUCACGGUACAAUUAACCCAAAAAUCAAGUUUUGGGGAAAGAGUGUUGAGGUGAACCCGAAAGGAACUGUCACCAUUGAGUUUCCAAAGUGGAACGAAUCUUACAGUUGGACUAAUGUCAAUUGCUGCGUUCACAAUAUAAUUGUGGGCAGACUGUGGAUAGAGCAAUACGGAAAAAUGGAGAUCAUCAAUCAUUCCACUGGCCAUGUGGCAAGUCUCACCUUCAAGUCAGCCGGAUCUGGAGCCAAAAACUUACAUCGCGUUGAGGGAUUCGUUAAGGAUGCUAGUGAAAAGAACCUAUACUUUCUGUAUGGCAAAUGGACCGAGUUUAUUAAAUGCUGUUCUGCGGACUCCUACAUUCAGUAUCUGAAGCAGGGAACCAGAAAGAAUGACGAUUUUGAUGGAUCGCCGAACGGAACGCCUAAGAAAAUGUUCUCGAAAUUGAAUAGUUUUAAGCUUAACUCAUUUCGCAGCCUAUCCAUUCAAGAUAACGAUAGCUACCCACCUCUGGAGCAAGAGGGUGACAUACCAAAGAGUGAUUCUGCAUAUUCAAUUGACAUACCAGACUCCACGACUUUGUGGAGUUGUAAGCCGCGACCUUCCAAUUGUAACGAGUAUUACCAGUUUACGCAUUUUGCAAUGCAGCUUAACGCUAUGAAUAAUAGUAUGAAACCACCGCUAACACUAUGCCCUACCGAUUCGCGACUGCGACCUGAUAUAUUAUACUUAGAGGACGGAAAUUUGGAUGGUGCUUCCAAGGAGAAAACACGUCUCGAAGAGAAACAAAGGCACACACGGAAACAAAGAAAAUCCACCAGUAGCGAUGAAUGGACUCCAAGGUGGUUUAAAUACGUAACUAACCCUAGUACCAAAACCGAUGAUUGGCUAUAUAGCGGAGGCUAUUGGGACCGCAAAUACGAAAACACCGAUACGAUAUUUUAGAUACAUUUUGUAGAAUGCUUAUGCUUACAGUAUAUAUAUUUGUAAAAAGUUUGAGAGUUGUUUAAACUUAGGAAUCGUUAAUAACUGGAUAAUUGUAAAUGGUACUAUUAAUUGGCAAUCGCAAUCACAACUUUACAUUUCCUUCCGUUGGAUACAAUCACGUGAUUAAUCGAUUCGCACAAGCAUCCAAAAAAAUAUUAAGUUGAACGCUUACUUUUCAGUAGUUUUUAUGUCUGUGUAUAAAUAGUUGUUAAUUCGUGGUGAUUCUAUACGAAGCAAUUAAAAUGUUAUUCAGUUAUUUGUUGCGCUAUUAUGCAUAAAA